GAGCCUUUCACUCAUUGCAAAUGCAGUGGUUAGUGUAUUUCUAGCUUUCUUUCUUCGCAUCUUCCAUCAUGCUUCGUCAGCCCUUUCGUUCCUGCCCUCUCUGUGAAGUCCGCGCCCUUGCACGAAACACGCAACGACUGCAACCCACAUAUCACCAAACCCGCCUGUACGUCCAAUUACAGCAAGAUCGAGCUGCUCGGUAUGCUGCAUCUGCCCCGAGAUCCCGGCCGCGAGGAGAUAGGCUCAGACCCUCUCGAAUGGUGCUAUCUGACACCGUCACUCGACCUCCACCACAUUCUUCAGACGGAAAGCCGGCUAGGAGGAAGCCAGAGCCGUUCUCCUACCUCAAUCGGACGAAAGUGCCACCAAUUCUUGAACUUCAGAGAGAGCAGGCGAGGAUUAGAAACACUGGUGAUAGGUUUCCUAAUGCAAGGAACGCGGAUCCGUCGAGGAAGAGGAGGUCCCGUCCAGAGCCAUACCAUGCGUUAAAGAUGCAACGAUCCCUCUCUGAAGUGACUUGGGGAUCAAGAGUGCACAUCAAGAGAACGAUCGAGCAGGUAGAAUCAUUCGAGGGCCUUCCACUGAGCGAUGCCGUAAAAGACGCGAUCAAAGACGCGCUGCCAGGUCUGGAAUACCGUACACCUACCCCAGCUCAACGUGUUGCUAUACCCGCACUCCUUGGGGUGGAAAGCAGAAAGCGAACGAGAAAUCCACUGCAAAAGACCGGACUAGAAUCGUUCCUCUUGGCAGCUGAGACUGGCUCUGGCAAGACCCUCGCAUAUCUUCUCCCAACAAUAGACGCUAUCAAACGCGAGGAAGUUGCCGAUGCCGAGGAGGAGGCGGUCGAAGAAUCCAAAAAAGCUGCUGCGAAAGCGGCCGAGAAAUGGAACGAUCUGUUCGACGUAGAGGAACCUGAACUUACCAAAGCCGUCGACUCAGCCCGUCCUCGCGCCAUCAUCUUGGUACCAACCGCCGAACUCGUUUCCCAAGUCGGCCAGGUUGCGAAGUCCCUCUCUCAUGUUGUCAAGUUCAGAGCUGGGCCUGUAUCCGCUGCUAUGACUCCGACUGUGAUCCGGAACCGACUUUUCAACGAACGCGGAGUCGAUGUUGUUAUUAGUACUCCUCCCUUACUGGCAAGCAUCGCUGAAAGCAAUCCCAACAUUCUCAGCCGUGUCACGCAUCUUAUCGUCGAUGAAGCCGACUCCUUAUUUGACCGAUCCUUUAAACCUAGCACCACCGAAAUCCUUGAGAAGUGCAACCCAUCACUUAAGCAGCUGGUCCUUUGCUCCGCCACGAUUCCUCGCUAUCUUGACAAGUAUCUCGCCGAACGCUACCCUAAAAUGAACCGUCUUGUCACCCCGAACCUUCACGCCAUUCCUCGACGUGUCCAACUUGGGGUUGUGGAUGUGAACAAAGAUCCCUAUCGCGGCAACAAGAGGCUUGCGUGCGCCGACACCAUAUGGCAGAUUGGUAGAGCGAAUGGCGACUAUGAUCCUGCCGAGGGUAAGGAGUUAGUCCAAACGAAGCGUAUCCUUGUUUUCGUAAACGAGCGAGAGGAAACAGAAGAGGUGGCCCAAUAUCUCGUUAAAAAGGGUAUCGACGCCCUCGCUUUCCACAGAGAUACGGAUCCUAACCGCCAGGCUAAGACUCUAGCAAGCUUCACGGGGACAGAAAAGCUUAAGAAAGAGGGACGGGGAGAGGAGAAGGGGAAGGAAGUGUCGAAGUCUGAAGCUACGCCUAGUAAACGACAUCUUCCCAAUACGAAAGUCAUCGUCACCACAGAUCUUGGCUCAAGAGGCAUCGACACCGUCUCUGUUAGACAUGUUAUACUGUACGAUGUACCGCACACUACUAUUGAUUUCAUCCAUCGACUUGGCAGGACAGGAAGAAUGGGACGACGAGGACGAGGCAUUGUGCUCGUAGGGCCAGGUGAUAGAGCGGAUGUAGUAAGAGAAGUUCGAGAUGCUAUGUUCCGCGGCGAGGCUUUGAUAUAAGCCCCCGCCUUCACUAUUUGUAUAUCAUGAUAUUUGGUAAGUGUAAGAUAUCCCCAAGGACAUAAACAUAGACUUCCUUGCAUCACAUGGUG